AUGUCUCUAUACCCGCCGAUAUCUCAGGCCAGCUCCAAAGCUGAGUCGAAGUGCCUCUACGAUGUCCCGUUCCUCGAAAGCAAUGGCGGAAACUUCCAGACGUGGAAGUACCGCACGACUACCAUCCUCCGGUUGCGUGGUCUCUAUUCGCUCAUCGACGGCACCGAAGCCGACCCCGGAACAGUGGAUACUAUGAAGAAGGUGGAGUGGGAUGUCCGGAACAAUGAGGCUCUCGCGCAGAUCACGUUGACGCUCAAGGACGAGCCGCUUAACGGUGUGAUGUACUCGAUGACGGCACAGGACGCUUGGGAGAAGUUGAACAGACGUUACGAGGGCAGAGGCAAGCAAACCUUAGCCUAUCUCAUCAGCGACCUUUUCCACAGCACACUUAGUGACGAGUCGCCGCUAAAGCCGCAGCUCAACACGAUGCAGCAGAAGGCCCACAUCCUCGAGACACUCGGGCUAACGCUAGACGACACGCUCAUCACCAUCGCUAUGGCUAUCUCCCUUCCUCCAUCCUAUUCAACCCUUCGCACUAUCCUUAUGGCCUCUGACUCGAAACUCACAGUCGAGAAGGUCGUCAAUGAGGUCCUUAGCGAGGAGAAGCGACGUGGCGAGAUGACCGCAGCAUCUGCGCUCAUUGCGAAGCAUGCUGAUACCAAGUCGAAGUCGAAGGGGAAGGACAAGGACAAGAAGAAGAAGGGCAAGUGCGCUUUCUGUGGCUACACUGGUCACACGAAGGACGAGUGUCGGAAGUUCAAGGCGAGCCAGGUGGAGGGCGCCACAGCGAAGGGCGACAAGAAAGCUGAGAAGGCUGCUGAUGCAAAGGAAUCUGCGAAGAUCGCCAGUGUCGGUGAGGCUGACUCCGAGAUGCUCCGCCUCUUCGUUGCUAAGGAGUUGGCACGUGGUGAUGACCUCCACCGCUGGAUUGUUGAUUCAGGAGCUUCCUCCCACAUGACAUCUCACCGCGAGUGGUUCGUAAACUACCGUGCCCUCGCUACACCCAAGCGUGUUUAUCUCGGAGAUGAGCGCUUUAUCCUCGCCGUUGGUAUCGGUCAGGUCACACUCCGUGCAGCAGUCGACCAUGGCUCAACGAACACUGGCAUUUUUGACCGCAACAGCUACGAUGUUAGGUUCGCUGAUGGUACGUGUCGCAUCAGCAAUGCCCAGGGCCGACUUAGCGCCAUUGGGUACAUGCGGAGAAAUCUCUAUGUUCUCGACGUGACCACGCAGCUCCCCGAGCGUACCUACAUCCUGCAGGCAAAAGAUCUCCCUCCCUCUUACGAUGACUCCAUGGAUGAUCCCCCACUCCACGCUUUUGUUGCUAAGGAGACAACAUCCAGUGCGAGUGCUCAGGUCUGGCAUCGCCACCUUGGUCACAUCUCCGUAGACUCCGUGCUGAAGAUAGUGCGAAAGGGAAUGGUCAAGGGCAUGUCGAUCGUCGGAGAAAAGGUGAGUAACGUCAGCUGCAAGCCCUGUCUCCAUGGCAAGCAGACACGCCAGCCAAUCCUGAAGGAGUCGGAUGUCAAGAAUCCCCGCAUUCUCCAUCGCACCUACUCCGAUGUCUGUGGUCCCAUGCAGACUCAGACGCAGUCCGGCCACCACUAUUUCAUCACGUUCAUCGACGGACACACGCACCACCUUGUCGCCAACCUCAUGAAGACGAAGGAUGAAGCGCUUUCACACUUCAAAGCUUUUGUUGAACGAGCUGAGGUCGAGACCGGGCAGCAUGCCAAUAUCCUGCGGACUGAUGGUGGCGGUGAGUACGAGUCGAAGGAAUUCGAAGCAUACCUAAAGGAGAAGGGCAUCCACCACGAAAAGACGAAUGCCUACACUCCACAGGAGAACGGCGUUUCCGAGCGGAUGAACCGCACUAUCGAGGAGAUGGCCAGGAGCAUGCUCAAUGACGCUGGACUGCCGAACACAUACUGGGGUGAUGCUGUGUUACAUGCAGUACACAUCCUUAACUCUGUUCCAACCCGCACUCUCCCUGACAAUCUCACACCACACGAGGCCUACACCGGAAACAAGCCGAGCAUGGCGCACCUCCGCGUUUUCGGCUGCAAAGCCUAUGUCCACGUUCCGAAGGAAAAACGUCAGAAACUCGACUCGAAAAUGUUCGAGUGCAUGCACCUGGGGUUUGCCGCAAAUCGCAAGGCCUACCGUCUGGUUCACAGAGUGACCGGCCGCAUCGUCGAAUCCCGCGACGUGUAUUUCGACGAAGGCACCGAAGUCGCACCCAGUCGCGUCACAAUUGACGUCACACCUACGCAGGAGGCGCCCGACGCGCGGCCGCAGCUGCUGCCGUCUCCGCGCCCGCCAAGACCCACUGUUGAAGAUGUCCCAGAUGAAGAUGAGGACACACCUGCACUCCUGGAUGUGGACGACAGCGAUGACGAGGAUGACGAUGACAACGCGGAUGAGGACAGCGACGACGACGUUCCACUGCCCGAAAUUACGCGCUGCGCAGCCACCACCACCUCCUCCCCCGGCUCCAGAACUGCGCCAUUCAGGUCGAACGCGCACGGCACCGACUCGGAGAACGCAGAGGAAGUGGGCGAUGCAGAGAAUGCUCACAAAGCCACAAGCUGGGAUGAACCACAGACCUACGAGGAGGCGAUGUCACGCCCCGAUGCUGCGCGCUGGAAGGCUGCGUGCGCAGAGGAGCUACACGCAUUUGUCAAAGCGGAGCUCUACGAUGAAGUGGAGCGCCCACAGAAUCGCAAGGUCAUAGACUGCAAGUGGGUCUUCAAGAUUAAGCGUGGACCGGACGGUGAAAUCGAGAAGUACAAGGCUCGACUUGUUGCCAAGGGCUUUACACAGGUUGAGGGCCUCGACUUCAACGAAACCUUUGCACCCGUCGCAAAGUUCGCUUCUGUCCGAACACUACUUGCUCUUGCUGCCAAGCUCGACCUCGAGAUCCACCAGAUGGACGUCAAAUCGGCAUUCCUGAAUGGUGAUCUUGAUGAGGAGAUCUACAUGAAGGUUCCCCCUGGCUUCCGCAGGUCCAACAGCCUCGUCUGGAAGCUGAACAAGGCCCUCUAUGGUCUUAAGCAGGCUGGACGUGAGUGGUACAAGAAGAUCCGUGCUGAGUUCGAGGCGCUUGGGUUCACCCGCUGCCACUCGGACCACAGCGUGUGUUACGCGGCAGUGAAACACGAGCGUCAAGUCGAGUUUGUUACGAGACAAGGUCUUAGUCUAAGACACAAGUCCGUUCAAGUGACACUUCUGGCGAUGUCCUCGCACUGA